AUGGCAGCUACUCUCGACACAUUUUCAUGGCACUCAGAGACGCUUUCCCGGGCUCUUGUAGCGCGCUCCGACUGCGAUACCCUUACGGACCUCAUAGUGCUGCGUGAUCAGGGAAGUGGGUCAGAAAAUAUUGAUAAUUAUUUCUCGAAAGAACGGCAAAAGGCCCAUGAUGCAAACAACGUUGAGAGCUUCUUGGAUCUUGGAUGUGCCCCAGGAGGCUUUGCGCAAUACCUUUUACGGAAUAAUAAGAGAGCUUACGGGAUCGGAAUUUCCUUACCCGAUGAACAAGGCGGCAGUAGGUUCGGUGUUACAUAUCCCGAUUACCUUGCACGGUACGAACUUCAUUGGGCCGACCUGACUAUGUUCGACCUCGCGCCGAGUAUUCCCAAACCGGUCAAUUCCCUCCACGACUACCCUCCGCUUCCUUUUAAACUUUGUUCUCGGGACUUGGUUGUAUGCGAUGCCCAAUGGGUGCUCAACCCCGACAACCUCAACCGGCCCUGGAAUUGGACCCGACUGAUUGUUUCCCAGCUCUUGAUUGCUCUACACGCAGUCUCGCCUCACGGAAACAUAUUCAUUCGCCUUUCAUGCGUCGAGCGCACCCUUACCGGUCGAAUUCUCCUUGCAUUGUGCCGAAUUUCAGAUCUGGUUCGCACGGUCAAGUCUGACCGGUUUCAGUCAAUGCGAAGUUAUUUUUAUGUUCUCGCUCAGCGCGUAAACCGUCAGUCCAGUGAAUUCAGGAACUUGGUCGUCGCCCUUGAGCGACUAUGGUAUAUAAUGACUUUUGAGGGAGAGAACGGGUACGGACGGGACAUUGGCGCCGAGGACGAAGAGUUGAUUACGACUGAUGAGGAAAUACUGAGUGAAGAGGGCCUCUCGACGAUCGUUCAGCUUGGUACACCGAUAUGGGCGAUACAGUAUGAUGCUCUGUGUUAUUUUUUGACCAAUCGUGGUGUAGUUUAG